UACCAAUUCUAUCUUUAUUUUGAGACAUGUCUCUUGAAUCAGGACGGCUGACUUUCACAAAUCAGAAAAUUUUCUUCCUCUUGUUUCCAAAUUUCGACAAGCUUAGAUGAAUUCAAUACAUCAUUUGGACAAGCCUAAAUGAUGCCUUUUGAUGCCUAUUAACUUUUUCAUAAAUAAUGUGGCAAACAAGUUGACUCAAGACCGAAAAUGCAAAAAAUGUUAGACAAAAUAUCAGUUAUUGUUUUCAAAGGGAACGCAGGGGAAGUAGGGAGGAAUGAUAGGAAACGUCACCCUACCUUCCAUCGUCAAGGGAAAGUCUUUUUGAAGUCAGUAUUAAAUUUAUUUAUGAUUAUUAUUAGCAAAGUUUAUAAGUAUCUUCCCUGGGUACCAGAGCCUGAGAAAUUCGGUAUGACAUGAAACAUAAAAUAAUGCUUCAUUCUAUGUGACAUGAAGCAUUUUGGAUUUUUUGUCAUAAGGAAAAGUAUCCUCUCUAAGCAACAGCCGAAAAUAAAUUCAAGUGUUAAGAAUUUUUUCCUGUUAGAGGAAAACGCACUUGCCCAAACCAAGCUGACCAAUGAAAUGUAUUUAAAGGUUUUUUUUUCAUCUAAUUUGGAUUGAAAUUGGCUAUUGAGGGGGAGAAUUGACUUGAUCGGCAUCUUAACUAACAAUUCUUUUCAUCUUGAUUUCAUCAUCAUGACCACCAUCUUGAUCGAAAUUUUCGUCCUCUAAAAACACAGUUCUGCUCAAAACUGCUAAAUAUGAAUUUUUGCGUAAAUUUUAUUUGUCGGUUAACAAUUAUAAGAAACUUUUUAGGCAUUCAGGUAUAGUGUUCAUUUUUUGGCAAAUUCAAACCAAUAGGCUUAGUUACAUGACACGACUGAAAGAUUUAAUUUCUUUUAUUUAGGAUAAUAAUAAGACCUUCAAAUAUAUUUUAUUGGUUAAUUUGGAAUGAUAGAAAGCUUUAUGGGCAUUUUAACUUUCCUUCCUUUUCUGAUAAAAAGAUCAAGGCUAUAGGCUUAGAAAAAUGAUCAAUAAUUCGACCAAAAGACUUAAUUUCUCAAGUGCAAUCUUCUAGCUAAAUAUGAUAAUAAGACCUUUAAAUACACUUUAUUGGUCAAUUUGGAAUGAUAGAAAGCUUUAUGGGCAUUUUAACUAUCCUUCCUUUUCUGAUAAAAAGAUCAAGGCUAUAGGCUUAGAAAAAUGAUCAAUAAUUCGACCAAAAGACUUAAUUUCUCAAGUGCAAUCUUCUAGCUAAAUAUGAUAAUAAGACCUUCAAAUAUAUUUUAUUGGUUAAUUUGGAAUGAUAGAAAGCUUUAUAGGCAUUUUAACUAUCCUUCCUUUUCUGAUAAAAAGAGCGAGGCUAUAGGCUUAGAAAAAUGAUCAAUAAUUCGACCAAAAGACUUAAUUUCUCAAGUGCAAUCUUCUAGCUAAAUAUGAUAAUAAGACCUUUAAAUACACUUUAUUGGUCAAUUUGGAGUGAUAGAAAGCUUUCUGGGCAUUUUAACUUUCCUUCCUUUUCUGAUAAAAAGAGCAAGGCUAAUGGCUUAGGAAAAUGAUCAAGAAUUCGACCAAAAGACUUAAUUUCUCAAGUGCAAUCUUCUAGCUAAAUAUGAUAAUAAGACCUUUAAAUACACUUUAUUGGUCAAUUUGGAAUGAUAGAAAGCUUUCUGGGCAUUUUAACUUUCCUUCCUUUUCUGAUAAAAAGAGCAAGGCUAAUGGCUUAGGAAAAUGAUCAAGAAUUCCACCAAAAGAUUUAAUUUCUCUAGAGCUUUCUUAAAGUCAAAUAUGAUAAUAAAAACUAAUGAUAAUAACUUUUAACAUGAUAAUUUAGAACGAUAGAAGCUUUGUUAGUGUCCAAAACUUCAACCGCAUAUCUUCUUCUCAAGAGCAGGUUUCUACUUACUUACAUUGGAACUUUUAAUGUCAUUUGAGUGGUGAGUUUCGAAUGAUUGUCUGCAAUUUUUACAUUUUUAGUACAAGGCAAGGCUUUAGACUUGGGCAAAUGGCCAAAAAUUCGAUGGAACUUUCCAUGCUCUUGAGAAGAGAUUGGUUGUAUAUUUUCUAUUAUUGCUAUGUUAAAAGUUCAAUGUAAAUUGAUCAAUAAUAUGUCUUUAUAAUAUGCCAUAAACUGUUACAUAGCCGAUGAACCAAUAGCGGUAUUUUUCUCGAGCUUGCGGGAGGGGUACCUCCCCCCCCCCCCCAAGCUACUCCAUUCCCUUUUCUUGAUAGUGUUUUGUAUAGACUGUUCACAAUAGUUUCUAAACAGCACAAAGAAUAAAAAAAAUGACUUAGUUAACAUUGUUUUUUGUAAAGUGAUUAUAAGGAAUUUUUUAAACCCCUUUUUUUAGGAGGGGAUGUCAAAUAUUUGCGGGACCUCUCUUUCGAUGAAUUGUAUGUGUGCGUCAUUUAUAAGGCAAAUAAGACAAAUGAAAGACAUUUGGUGGUUGUCAGAGAGAUGAUAGUGGAAGAAAGUCCCAGAGGUGUUUUAUAAUGAGUAUCACGCAUUGUUUUGUGGGUAAAAAGGCUUUGCGCGCUUCCCAUAUGGGACUUUCGAACCAUUUUAUAAAAAGCUUAUUGUUUUUGAGAACAUAGAUGUACGACACCCAAUGUUGAAUAGAAUCUGGUUUGCUUAUUGUCUAAAUUGGCUUUGUUGUAAACAGAUUGAAUUAUUUUCUUGCAUUCUUAAGCCUGAAAACAAUACCCAUUUUAUGCACACAUUUUCCAGCUGAUAAGACCUGUUCACGGCAUUCAGUUGUUUCCAAGCAUGAUCAAGUGAUCGUCUUCAACAGAAUCGAAAAAGGCAAACAUUUUUUCGAUCAUCAAAGAAAAGAGCAGAACCUUGGCGAGUUGAUGUCAUUGCAGAUCUUUAAGGAGGGAGAAAAAUCAGAAUUCUAUUCGUAGAGAAGAAGCGAUUAUUUAGCCAGGAGAUCCUCACAUCCGUUAACUCCUAAGUUAUCCUAAAUCGAGCACAAGACCAUCGUUGCUAAAGGCUGCUUCAAAAAAGACAGGCUCUAAUUCUGGCGCAGAACCUUCGGUGAUCAAACGCUAUCGGUUUCACAAACCAAGGGUUACUUCAUAAACUUAUCCCAAGGCUACGGCGGUAAAGCAAUUUUAUUCCAUGAUAGAUAAUAUAGACGGUGGAUAGUGAUUUGCUUCUUCUAUAUUUCAUUCAAACGGAAUAUCUACCUGCUAGCUGAAUUUGAACAAAUAAUCGCAAGAAUUGACGGUUGAGUUAAAAUGGAGAUUAAAAAGCUUGCAUUCUGGCGAGCCGUAUUGGCUGAAUUUCUUGCCACCUUAAUUUUCCUCUUCGUAAACUGUGGUGUCACGCUCACUUGGAAUACUUCACCGAGCAUCACACAGAUCGCCUUGUGCUUCGGCCUCAGUAUUGCAGUUCUGGCACAGAUUUUUGGUCCAACAAGUGGUGCAAACAUUAAUCCGGCAGUUUCUAUUGGCCUCUUUGUUUCACGAAGAAUUUCAGCUAUUCGCAUGAUCUUCUACAUGGUCGUCCAAUGUGCAGGAGCCAUCACUGGAGCUGCUGUAUGUUAUGCAAUAUCGCCAGAAAGCAAGCGAGGUCUGCUUGGCACAGUGUUCCUUGGUCCCGGAGUGACAAGAUACCAAGGCUUUGCUUUGGAGGGCGUUCUUACCUUUCUCUUGGUGAUGACUGUGCUUGCUGCAACAGAUCAAGACAGGGAGGACAAGACAUUUGGCCCUGCCUUGUCUAUCGGAUUAUCUGUCACUGUGUGCCAUCUAAUUGGGAUCCCAUACACUGGCUGCGGAAUCAACCCAGCAAGAGCUUUAGGACCGGCGGUAGUAAUGAAAAUAUGGCCAAACUAUCAUUGGAUUUACUGGGCAGGGCCUGCGGUAGGAGCAAUUUUAGCUGGUGGCCUUUACAAAUGCAUUUUUGAGGGUGAGCGGAGCGAUAAAAAUAGCCUUGACCUUACAGGCCUUGACUACAUUGUUGAAAACAGUUUGUCAUUGGCCAAAGAAAGAGGAAAUUCUGGUGUCCUCAGGGCUGCAACAACUGGUCUUUGAAAACAUGGUUAGUACAUCUGACAUUUUGCUUUUACAAGACUGCAUGGACCAAUGGACAUUUGCAAAAUUAUCAAGGGACUUAGGGUUGGAGCGAUUACAUCCUUAAAGUAUAGGUGGCCUUACAUUAUGCUGCUCCAGAGCAGUGGAAAACUAAAAAUGGCGGUUUUACAGUCUGUUUUACAACCCACAUAAAUCCGGGAAAUCGUUUUCUUUAUUCUCACCGACUCAGUGAAUUUGAGACAAAUUCUAGCCUCCUUGCUUGAGUUUCGUUAGUAUUGCUUAUGUGACUUAUAUUCUUGUCCAAUGACGUCAUCACCCAUAGCAGUCACCAGUAAUAACACUUCCCCACGUGACUAGAUAAUUCCUCUUUCCCACCGACUGCCACGCUCGCAACCACAGCUAUUUGGCGACGACAUUAGAUGUUUUGGUCCUUGCUUCCAUCCUUUUAGGUAUUCUAUAAGCAUAGUACUUAAUGUUGUUUCAAGUAGAGAUAAUUGGUAUGUUAUUAUCCUCUAAGAUUUUAGCCUCGAGUAUGCUCAUAAAAAGCUGCCUAGUGAGAGACAUUCAACUGCAUAUCAUUGUUCAUUGUAUUAUAAAACCUUUAUAACUUCAGGCAUUGUUUUAGCGACUAAGUCAACUUAAUUCUUUUUUUAUGUAAAUAAUCGUUUACUAACAACUGUAAAUUUUAAGGUUGGGCAAAAUCAAUAUGCUUUCAUCAUAUGCUUGUAGGCAUGCAGCUAGUAAGAGAUAGUCUUGAAUGCUGUCAAGGAUAAUCAUGCAUCUUUGCCUUUAA